CACACUGUUUGCUCUCAACAAUGUUGAUAAUAGAGGCAAAAUUCUUUGCAAGUAUGGUAAAAAUUUAGUUUACGACACAAAUUAGCGAUCGUAAAAAAUGUCGUAACUCAAAGUUCUUAAAAAUGGCGACUAAAUGGGGUUUUGUUUGAAGACAAGCAAGAAAUAGGGUCUAUUUUUGAUAAGAAGCCCACAAAGCUGCCAUUAAAUUAGAAAGAACUCAUUUCAGACGGAUAUAUUUCGCUACCAGCUUCGAACAGAAAAUUUAGAUCACUAGAAACUCAGUUUCGAAAAUGUUGAGAGCUACAGCUGCAUUUUUUGUGCUGGCAAUUUGUGUCUUCUUCACAAUCCAAAACUCAGAAGCUGCUGAAGCCUGCAAAGACAAAGAGCAAACGUGUGCCAGUGGAAAAAAGUGUUGUAAAGAGUGGAACUAUUGCAUAAGGGAAAACGAAGAUUGCGAGAAAACGAACCCGCUAGAUUGCAAGGAUGACUCGACGUGUGUAACUUAUAAAGACACUGAGAAGAUAGUUAUCCCAGGAACCUGCGACAAGGAAGAGGGGAAAUGUCUUCGCGGUGGAAGCCAAAUCGUGAAUACGUCUGGAUCACUUCUGGCAGCCACAUUCAUCCUCUCUUCUCUCUAUCAGUCUCUGUUAGCCUAACUCCAACUGAGCCGAAACUGACACUUCUAGACUAUACUUCUGACUUGCUUUUUAUUUCAAACUCCUACUCACUGAGUUAAUCAUCAUUUUAAGACAAAAACUGAAAAUAAGGAAACUGCUUCACUUUUGCGCUCGAAAUAAAUAAAAUAAACUUAUAGUUUUGAAAUCAACUGCUCUCCAUUUAUACUCGUCAUACCGAUAUGCUAAUAGACCAGACUACGAUUGUAAAAAAAUAUGGUAAAUGUGGCUUU